AUGCCCAUUCCCUCGCCCUUUCAGUCUUCCAUUGCGAAGCCAGGGCAGGGCAAAGUCGUCCUCUCCCUCCUACCACCAAAUAAUCCUACCCUCACAACCCUCACCUACAAAUACCCAUUGAAGUUAGUCCCGCGCACUGGUGGCUUCGUCCCAAGUCCAGAUUCCUCCGCCUUCUCAGAGACACGUCCCUCCAACCCCGUCCACCUCUACCUCCUCACCUAUGGCGGCGGGCUCCUGCCAGGUGAUCACAUUGAAGUAUCCAUCACACUCGAACCCAGGACACGAAUGGUGGUCACAACACCACAAGGCAGCACCAAGAUCUUCAAAACGACACCAAACAACACCGGCACAGCCCCCAAUGUAAUUAAAGGCCACCGCGACCAAAUGCCCGCAAACGCCCAUAUCUCCGACAUGAGCCAGCAAACCCUCGACGUCAAUAUCGGCCGCGAAGCGGCCCUCUGCUACCUUCCAGACCCCUCCGUCCCCUUCAAACACAGCCGCUACGCGCAAGUCCAAACCUUCACUGUAGACGCCACAGCAAAAGGCAACGAGCGCAGUAGCGUCUGCGUCCUAGACUGGGUAACACAAGGCCGCACCUCUCGCGGCGAAGACUGGAACUUCCAUUUCUGGCGCGGCCGCAACGAAGUCUGGGCCGAAGAUGACAAAGGCAAACGCCGACUGCUCCUCCGCGACUCUGUAAUCCUCGACGACGAAUCCGGAGAUGUAGACGCAACCUCCGUAUCCAAUGAAGUCGAAGUGGAAGAAGGAGUCAAAGGCGAAGUCGAAAACACAACACACAGCACCAAUACCGCCUUAGCAAAACCCGCCGACAUGCCGCCGCAGGCGCCUGCCGGCCUAACCCCGCUGAAUAUCAUCGCUGAGCGCACGCGUCCACACGGCGUCGUCGGCACGCUUAUCCUAUCAGGACCUGUGUUCGAGGCGCUUGGUUCGUUCAUGCUGAAACAGUUCCAGACCCAGCCUCGUAUCGGCAGUCGCAAUUGGUCGGAUCAUGCGCCGUCGUCGGUGCCGGAGCCUUCGAUUAGCCAUAAGGGUGAUGUUACGUGGACGGCGGCGCGUGUGCGCGCUGGCUUCGUGCUUGUUAAGUUCGGUGCUAAGGACUUUGAGACUGCGAAGCACUGGCUUGGUGGACUGAUUCGGGAAGAGGGUAGUGUUAUUCGCGAGUUCGGUGAAGAGGCGCUCUGCUGUCUAUGA